GUCAGGGGCGUAGACACAUGCACGAGCAAGGCACACAAUACGCUUCUGUCUCGGGUUAAGUUUUUUUCAUUGUGUAAAUUGAAGAAGGCAGGACUUGAAAGCAGACUCCCCGCCUUUGUCUAAAUAAUUCAUGCUCGGCAACCGAGCUUUGAGUUUACAUAUUGUUUCCUUGUUCUGACACUUAUAGUUGGCACUUGGCUGUUCGGUUCUAGAAUUAUUAGACUCCCAGGGGCACACCAUUUCUCAGAAGGAUGACCGAGACCUCAAGUCCGGCCAAACCUGACGUGUUUCAGUCCAUUCAGAAAGGAGACGUAGAACGCUGCGAGAUUUUAAUUCGGCACAAUCCGUCUGUUUUGACACUGAAAGGCUGGAGUGGAUUUACACCACUUCACUAUGCCACAUUUCAGGGAAGCAAGGUAUUGGUUAAUAUAUUGCUGCAAUUUGGUGCUGAUCCUAAUCUACCUGAUGAUGCAGGGCAAACACCAUUUCACUUUGCUUGCAGACGUGGAGAUGUUCACAUCAUACACCAGAUGAUGAAACAUGGAGCAAAUGUAAACUUAACUGAUCAUCACUGGAAAACAGCUCUGCACCAUGCCGUGUCAGGUGGAAAUCUAUGUGCCAUAAGAUACUUGGAAGAUAUGGGCAUCUUCAGUUAUUGUGAUACAGACAAGUUUCUACUCACUCCUCUGCACCUUGCUGCUUCUAUGGGAAAUACAGAUGUUGUACAGUAUUUAUUAAGGAAUGGCAGAUGUGUGAUAGAUGCAGUUGAUUACCAAGGCAUGACUCCUAUGCACGUUGCAGCAGAAAGAGGGGCAGUCGAGGUGUGCUGCCUGCUUCUACAAGCUGGUGAAAGCCAGAUUCUUUAUAAAAAAGACAAAAAUGGUCUGAAUCCCCUAGAGCUGGCUAAAUUGGGAACAACAUUCAGACACCAGCAACUUGCAAAAAUUUUAGAGGAGUAUAAGACAGAAGCACAAAAUGGAAAGAUGAAUAAAUCAUAUGGUAUGUACUGUUGGACUUUGAUGUUCCCUGCUGUUAGUGGUGCUCUUGUUUUACUUGUUUCUUCAGCAUUGGGAAAGUAUGGGGCAGCUUGUGGAACCCUGUUUUUUAUAUUGCUUGCAAGGAUGAUUUUCUUCCAGUACCACAGAAUUAAUGGGAUUCAGAGGACACCAAAUCCAGUAUACCUAGGUGCAUUUUGUGCUGGAAUUUUUCACACGCUGGUCUGUUUUUAUUGCAAAAUUAUGUUAUCUCUUUGGCCUAGACAUAUCCUCAUUGUAUUGUCAAGCACACAUUUCUUUGUGACAGUGUGGACAUUUAAAUUGCUUCUUACAAAAAACCCUGGACAAUUACAAAGAGUGGAUACCAAAAUUUCCAAAAUUAUGGAUCUUAUCGAAGCAAACAAAAACCUCAGCGUAUUUUGCAUUUACUGUGAGAUAUUUCAACCAGAACGAACGAAGCAUUGCAAGCUCUGCAGUGUCUGUGUCGAGGAUUAUGAUCACCAUUGUCUGUUUUUACACAACUGCAUUGGAAGAGACAAUCACAGAAUCUUUAUCAUUUUUAUUUUGGAACUUGCAGUCUCUCACAUGAUUUUUAUUUUUUCAAGCUUGUAUUAUUUUUACUUAAGCUAUGAUUUGGAUGCUUGGAAUCUAUUGAUCACAGCUUUUACCAGUGAAGUAUGGCUUGUAGGAAUGUCAGUAAUGAACUUCAUAACAUUGUUUUGGGAAUGCUGGCUUUUGCAAGAGCAAUUUGCAGUAAUUUCUGAGGGGAAUACCAUGUACUUUAGGUCUGGACACAUGAUAAAACACACUUGGAUGCAAAAAGUUAAAACGUUUUUGAUCUUUUUAGUUGAUGGGAAAAAGACAUCUGAAUUGCAUCAGGUGGCAUCUGGUAUAAUUUAGAAGUAGACUCGUCAAAAAUUUAAUUUGGGGUUGUAAAAAAAAUGUUUGCAACAUUUUUUUUUUACUGUUUUUAAGAAAAAUUAUAUUUUUCACAUAUACAUUUUUUAUUAAUAGCUGAAUCAGAAUCAUUUAAUAAUUAACACAUCUACAGCAAAGUGUCCGUGGAAAAACUAUUCUGAACUGAUUUAUGACAAGAAGAGUACCACGUUGCAAUCAUCAUUUCCUAAUACAAACAUCAAUGUCCCAAAAAUUGAAUCCAUAUCAGAUUGAACAAAAUAUGACUUACAGUCUUUAUAUAGCAGCUUUCCAUAGUGAACACCAUUCCAAUGUACUUUGCAAGUAUAGAUACAUUGUACAACGGUUGAAUUUUUCUUUUACGAGUCGGAGCAUGGGCAGGUUAGGUGACUUUCUCAGGGUCCCACAGUGGGACAGUGAUAGGAACUGAGCCUGCUCUGUGCCACGCUGCCUGCCUGAAGCAGAUUAUACACUAAUUUAGUUUUGUGUGUUUUGUACCUUCAAGUAAUGAUCAGGGUAUAUUGUACAGUAAAAUGUUUGUACUGCAUUCUUCUUUUAAUUUGACUACAUUUUAUAAAUGUGUUCUUGUUAUAACACUUGUUCUCUUCUAAGGAAUGUGACAAUGUAAAGGUUACAUAUAACGGGGCACUUUGCACUUCAUUUUGAUAAUUUGGUUCAUAACUGAUGAAAGUAAACUACACAUUAUUUAUUUAUGUAUUUUCAUAAGGAAUGUCAGACAACUUAAAUUGAUUGUGCCAUUUGUUUCAUAUUCAUUCCAUCUUGUGUAUAAUGAAGUUUUAUAGUGUAUAUCUUUUGAAAAUGUUGCAUCCUACCUCACUUCUUGUUGUUUUUUGAUAUUUUUUUAUUGUUAGUAUAAAUCAUGAUGUAUGGCUUGGUAGCAUAGCAUUCACCACUGCUGCCUCACGGGUCCAGAAUUUGGAGUUCAAGUAAUAGGCCAGGGGUAAUCUGUGUCGCAUGUAUAAGUUUUCCUCAUGUUUGCAUUGUUGUUCUCCUGUCACUUUGGUUUCCUCGUAUUUCACCUUAAAGGAACACAACAGCUAAAAAUGGUAUUUUUUAAUAUGUUACUUUCCUCAUGUAUUUGUACCGGUGAGCAGGAAAAAUGUUUAAACUCAUGUUUUCAUGCAGAUUGGAGAUAAUAAACUUUCCGGGUCUAAAUGAGUUAAUUUCUGAUUGUAAAUUGGCUGUUUAUGAAAGACUGAAUUUUAGUGUGAAUGCCCCAUGGUGCUGCUGGUGUAGCACCUUGUGACUUGAAACUGGGAUGAAUAGGUUCAGAAAAUAAAUGGAUGCACGGUUAUAUUAUAAAGAGCAACAAGUCUAAUAGAGGAACUCCAUUAAUUAAAAUGUUUUUUCAUCUCAUUUUAUAAUAUAUUAAUAUUUGAAUGGGGCAGCACGGUGGCACAGUGGUAGUGCUGCUGCCUCGCAGUUAGGAGACCCGGGUUCGCUUCCCGGGUCCUGCCUGCGUGGAGUUUGCAUGUUCUCCCCGUGUCUGCGUGGGUUUCCUCUGGGCGCUCCGGUUUCCUCCCACAGUCCAAAGACAUGCAGGUUAGGUGGAUUGGCGAUUCUAAAUUGGCCCUAGUGUGUGCUUGGUGUGUUUGUGUGUGUCCUGCGGUGGGUUGGCACUCUGCCCAGGAUUGGUUCCUGUGUUGGCUGGGAUUGGCUCCAGCAGACCCCCAUGACCCUAUGUUUGGAUUCAGCAGGUUGGAAAAUGGAUGGAUGGAUGGAUAAUAUUUGAAUGUCCACCAUCUUUGAGCAUUUUUAUAAUCUUUCUGUAUACUGUAAAUAUUUUCAGUUUGCCCUGAACAUGACUUUUUAAUGUUAAGCGGUUUUCAUGUGUAAUUACUGGGAUCCAUUGUAUGUUGUUUGGGGUUUUCAAUUUUAUAGUCACCAGUGUCCAGUCCUGUGAACACACGGAUUUCAGGGCUACUGGGUAAAUCCUAUGAGGGACAAGGAAGGUGGUGCACCUUCUCUUGAAGGGAUUUGUACCUAUAAAAUAUAUGACUCAACAGUUUAAAAAUAAUUCAGUGUGUUUUCCUAAGCAUUUGAUUGUUUGUCUCCUGAAAAUGUGUAGUGGUACAUUUUAUUGGGAUCAUAACCUAUUGCCUGAUGAAUGAUUGUUCCAUGUUAAAUUAAUCUGGAGUAACACAUUCACUAUUGGUGGUCUUUGAUGUAUCUAUGGCUUGAUAUAUGAUUUAAUGAAUAUUCAUGUUUCCAUGAUACUAUUCUUUGUAAUAAAUUAUACAUUAUAUUUGUAUA